GCGACCACUGGAACAAUGCACAGCUUCUCGGAACACUUCCAGACCAAGUCAACCUGGCCUCCCACGCAAGCCGAUUCUCAUGGCUGACCUCAGAACUGGAAGCCGCGUUCGAUCUGAUGGCAGUGAAACUGCUGACGGAUGUACUUGCGCCACGUUUGCCCGACUUCAUCCUGGCAGCGAGCGUGGGCAUUGGUUCCGGCACCAUCCAAAGCGCAUGCCUUGGAAGGGAAGGGCUAUACGACGCCGUCACGUUUGAGAUCGGUUCCCACGCCAUCUCCAAGAGGCCCUCCUUGGUGGCCAACAUAGGCUCCAUGGUCACAGAGAUGCCGACACCAGGCCAGCGAAGUCUGGAUGUGAUGUGUUUCGUCCGCAAAAAAAAUGUUGUGUUUCAGUGCUGCCAGCCGCUUACUGUGAACGUCCAAGAUGCAAAUGGUCUGUGCAGCGAGGCCCAGAAUGUAUUGGAGACCAUUGCUCAGAAUACCCACGUCGAGGACGUGCGCACCCAUGGUGCUGCCCUGCUUGGCAGCGAGAUUUGCCGCCAGCUGCCUCAUGACUGCCUCAUCCUUGUGGUACGCAAGUUUGCCGGAAUUCAUGUGGGCUGGUACACGGCGUUGCUGAAGCAAGAGGCCGUUCAGAAUUGUAUCGGGAACGAGCACACUGUGGAGGAAUUCAGGGAGCAGUAG